CCAACAAAAACAGAUGUGUUGUCCUUAAACAUGGUACUGAUACCAAGAUUCUGCCCUUCCAGGACCUUGUGAAUCUCAAGGCCCAAAUCCAACCAUGGACAUCGGUGCCUUAGAGACGGCGGUGGCCAACAACGCCUAUGUGUCGGCCCGCGGCAGCAUCGAUGGCGCUUCGGCCGCCGCCAUGCGAGACAAGAAGAUGCGGGCAAAGCUCAACCUCCCGCACAUCAGGAAUUGCGAGCAGAUGAAGACCACCGUGGACUCUUCGUUCGACUCCAUGUGUGUGGCGCAGCCCAUUGGCAAGCGGCUGUUCCAGCAGUACCUGGAGAGCGAGGAGACGCACAAGAACGCAUCGCAGCUGUGGAAAGACAUGGAAGACUACAACACAGCCCAGGAGAAUGACCGACUACAGAAGGCCCAGAGGACGGUCAACAAGUACUAUGAGUCUGCGGCCAAGACCUUCUGCAGCUUCCUGGAAGAGAAGGCCGUCACCCGAGUAAAAGAAGACUACAAGAACAUCCGAGGUGACCUGUUCAAGGAGAGCGAACAGCUGCUGCUCAAGCACCUGGAGGCCAAGGCCCUAGAGGGGUUCAAAAACAGCUUGUUCUUCCAGCGCUUCGUGCAGUUCAAGUGGCUGGAGAGCCAGUCUGUGAAUGAGGACUGGUUCAACGAUUUCCGAGUGCUUGGUAAAGGAGGUUUCGGAGAGGUGCAUGCCUGUCAGGCAAAGGCAACAGGAAAGAUGUAUGCCAACAAGAAGCUUGACAAGAAAAGGCUGAAAAAACGUAAAGGAUACCAGGGAGCCAUUGUGGAGAAGCGCAUUCUGGCAAAGGUACACAGUCGCUUCAUCGUGUCACUGGCGUACGCCUUCCAGACCAAGAAUGAGCUUUGUCUUGUGAUGACCAUCAUGAAUGGAGGAGACCUCAGGUACCACAUGUACAAUGUGGAUGAAAAGAAUCCGGGUUUUAAUGAGAUAAGAGCAUGCUUCUACACAGCCCAGGUCAUCUGUGGGCUGGAGCACCUUCACCAGCACAGGAUCGUCUACAGAGACUUGAAGCCAGAGAAUUUACUAUUGGAUGAUGCAGGGCACGUCCGACUGUCCGAUUUGGGUCUUGCUGUGGAGCUUCCGCCAGGACAAGAUACAACUACUGGAUAUGCAGGAACUCCAGGCUUCAUGGCUCCAGAGCUGCUCCAGAAGAAGGCAUACGACUACUCAGUGGACUACUUCACGCUGGGGGUCACGGUGUACGAGAUGAUAGCAGCUAAAGGACCCUUCAGAACCCGAGGAGAGAAGGUCGAAAGCGAAGAGGUCACUAGGAGGAUCCUCAACGACGCGGUCGCCUACCCUCCCACCUUCAGUGCGGAGUGCAAAGCUUUUUGCGAAGGUCUGAUGGAGAAAGAUCCGGCGAAACGCCUGGGCUUGAAGGACAACGAGUGUGCAGAGCUCAAGAGUCAACCGUUCUUCAAGGAACUCAACUGGGGCCGCCUGGAAGCAGGCAUGCUCCCUCCGCCCUUCGUCCCGGACCCAAAGAUGGUGUACGCCAAAGACAUCGACGACGUGGGCGCCUUCAGCACCAUUAAGGGGGUGGUGCUGGACGCCACGGACACCGAGUUCUACGAUGACUUCUCCUCCGGGAACAUCCCCAUACCCUGGCAGGAGGAGAUGAUCGAGACGGGCGUGUUCGGGGAGCUCAACCUCUGGGGCGCGGGCGGCAAGCUUCCCAACGACCUGGACCCCAACUUUGUGGAGGCAAAAGGGGGGGGCUGCGUGCUCCUCUGA